AUGGAUUUUGUCUUUUACUUGCGCCUUUUUGUUUUUAGUUCUAUUAUUCCUGGAUUCUACCAGUUAUCCCUUAGGUCACAAAUGUCAGCAAUCUCCUUGCAUAAAACGGAUGUCAAGCAAUCCAAACCAAAUUUAUCAGAUGAAGAUACCGGCGUUCCAAUUUCACAAAAUCAACUUAUGAGUGGAGUGGAUCCAGUUAAUGAUGAAAACCCGCUUAUUGUAAAUGCCCCUGGAAAUGUGGAUGAUGAAUCAGGUGUCAACAACGAGGAAGUAGAAGCUUCUGAUGAUGUUGGUACAUAUUCAACAAAUGUAAAUCCUAAUGGUGCUUAUGUUGGUGACAAUGAAGGGGAAUUAACUAAUGAUUCUGAAAAUACACAACUUAACACGGAUACAGAAACCAAUUCUAACCAAGAAGGGAUGGAUGGGCUCGUGUCUAAAGUUGAUGACUAUGAUAGCAGCGAUCAAAACUUCUUAGAUAUGAUGGAUGACUAUGAUAGUGGCGAUCAAAACUUCUUAGAUAUGAUGGAUGACGAUGACAUGUUUGAAUGA